UAAUGCACCUCUGAACCUUCCCUUUUGCUCACUAAACAGACAAGAAACUUCUGUCUCUCUCCUCUCUCUCCAUACCUUCAUAGUUCUGUUAGUUCAUAAUCUAUAGCACCCUGGAAGCAUAUUCCAUCUCCCUCUCUCUCUCUAGAACUUACACAUACAAAUUGCCAUCAUAUUUGACUUCCAAUUCCCUCAGCCAAUCUUUUUCCUCACCUCCCAUCUGUACAUCACUACUGUACCAUUCUGUUCUGUUAAGAUCCAGAACUCAAAGAAAAAGAUAUUACUAUUUGCCAUUCUGUUUCUUUGUCCUAUAUAUGAUUCUCUGUAAAUCUCAUUACUGAAUUGUUCCAUUAAAACCCAUUGCUCUAUUUCCUAAGUCCUCAUCUGGGUUACCUUUGAUUUCUUAGGUGACCCAAUUCCAAUGCCCGGAAAAGAUAUGACAACCAAUCCAGUUGUAGUCACAAUUGAGAACCCUUCAGUAGAAAUAGAUUUUUCCAAUUUCAAUACCAAUACCAAUACCAAUUCAUCAUUUUUUCCUGAUAAGCAAAAAGCCUCAAGUCCUAAGCAAUUCACAUGGGUUCUUGUCAUAAAAGCAUACAGAGCUUUAUAUUAUCUAGCAUUGGGGAUGAAGGCUACCUUUCUUUCAGCCAAAAAAAGAAUUCUACUAUCCGAAGUGAGCCAAGAAGAAGAAGAAGAAGCCAGAACUAGAGGGAAACUGUACAGAUUUAUCAGGGCUUUUCUUGCUAUUUCAAUGGUAGCUUUGGUUAUAGAGAUUGUUGCCCAUUACAAGAAAUGGAACUUGGGUCUGAUCCAUAACCCAUGGGAAAUUAUGGGUCUAGUGCAGUGGUCUUAUAUGGCUUGGCUAUCAUUCAGAGUUGACUAUGCUGCUCCUACUCUUAUCAUGCUUUCUAACCUUUGCAUUGUGCUUUUCAUGGUUCAGUCCAUCGAUCGGGUAGUGCAGUGUAUUGGGUGUUUUUGGAUUAAGUGUAAGGGGUUGAAACCGGAGUUAGUUGGAGGAGAAGAAGAAGAAGCAUCUGAUGUUGAGGAUGGCUCAAGGUUCCCUAUGGUUCUUGUGCAGAUUCCCAUGUGCAAUGAAGGAGAGGUAUACGAUCAAUCAAUCGGUGCUGCCUGUGAGCUAGACUGGCCAAGGGACCGAUUCCUUGUUCAAGUGUUAGACGAUUCAGACGAUGAAAAUAUACAGAAUCUGAUAAGAAACGAAGUGUGGUCAUGGAAACAGAAAGGGGUGAACAUCAUAUACAGACACAGAUUUCUCAGAACUGGGUACAAAGCUGGCAACCUUAAAUCAGCCAUGGCCUGUGACUAUGUCAAGGACUAUGAGUUUGUUACAAUUUUUGAUGCAGAUUUUCAGCCUAGUCCUGAUUUCCUUAAAAGAACAGUCCCUCACUUCAAGGGUAAUCCUGAGUUGGGUCUCGUCCAAGCUCGGUGGAUAUUCGUGAACAAAGACGAGAACUUACUCACCAGGCUUCAAAACAUCAAUCUGUGCUUCCAUUUUGAGGUGGAGCAGCAAGUUAAUGGAAUGUUUCUAAAUUUCUUCGGAUUCAACGGAACCGCUGGAGUAUGGAGGAUCAAGGCUUUAGAGGACUCAGGUGGGUGGCUUGAAAGAACAACAGUAGAGGACAUGGACAUUGCAGUUAGAGCGCAUUUGAAUGGGUGGAAAUUCAUUUUCCUUAACGACGUGAGAGCGCUCUGUGAAUUACCCGAGUCUUAUAUGGCGUAUAAAAAACAGCAGCAUCGGUGGCAUUCAGGUCCUAUGCAACUCUUCCGGUUAUGCCUUCCCGAUAUCUUGGACUCCAAGAUAUCAAUGGGGAAGAAGUUCAACUUGAUAUUCCUCUUCUUUCUUCUGCGGAAACUGGUCCUUCCUUUUUACUCGUUCACCCUUUUUUGUGUCAUACUUCCAUUAACCAUGUUCAUACCCGAGGCGGAACUGCCUCUUUGGGUAGUCUGCUACGUCCCCAUUUUCAUGUCCUUUUUGAACAUCCUACCUUCCCCGAAAUCAUUCCCAUUCUUGAUCCCGUACCUACUUUUCGAAAACACCAUGUCCGUGACCAAAUUCAACGCCAUGGUUUCGGGCCUAUUUCAGUUGGGAAGUUCUUACGAAUGGGUAGUGACCAAAAAGACCGGAAGGGCAUCUGAAUCUGAUUUGGUAGCUUUAGGGGAGAGGGAAUCGAUGAAUUCAGGUCAAGAGAAACUGACAAGGAGGCUUUCGGAGUCCGGUUUAGAAAUGUUGAGAAAGGAAAAAGAAGAGGGUGUUCCGGUUGCGAAGAAGAAAAACAUGAUUUACAGGAAAGAACUCGCGCUCGCUUGUCUACUACUCACCGCGGCUGGUAGAAGCCUGUUGUCGGCGCAUGGAAUGCAUUUCUACUUCUUGCUUUUCCAAGGGUUGGCUUUCCUCGCGGUCGGAUUGGACUUGAUUGGGGAGCAGAUCAAUUGAAAAACAGAAGGAAAGUUUCUAAGUUCAAGCUUCGUUUUAUUGGAAGUUCUUCUGUUGUCAAAUGAUGGGAAUUGUAGAAGGUAUAAGAGAUACCAUAGCAGAAUUUAUUUGUUCAUUUUGUAAUCAUUGUAAUACAAACUAUUUUUUGAUUUACUAAGGUGGUGGGGAAUACUAAGGAAGCACUUCAAAUA